GUCAGGGGGUGACUGUCAGAGGGGAUCCUGGCUUUUCCCAAGGUAGGACCCCCAGACCCCUGGACCACCCCAUCCCCGAGGCGGCCCCUGGACACCUCCACCUGUGGCGGUGACGAUGGCGAUGCUGUCAAUGGUGACAGUGGCCCCGGUGGGGCCCCCUCCUUUUCCCGGCGAGGCGUGGCGGCGGGGCGGGACGGACGGGCCGGGACGGAGCCUCCCUACGGCUGGGGAACGCCGGAACGCCGCCACUGCCGCCGCUCACCUGCGCAGGGCGGCCGGGCUGGCCGCGGCCCCUCGGCACCAUGCAGGAGACUAACUCAGCCUUCCUGCUGUCGGCCCUGCAGCCCGAGGCCGGCGUCUGCUCGCUGGCCUUGCCCUCGGACCGGCAGCUGGACGAGCGUGGCCGGGAGGCGGCCGAGGCCCAGCGGCUGCGCAGCGCCCGCGUCCAGGAGCAGGUCCGCAUCCGCAUGAUGCUGCGGGGACAGGCGCCCGCCCGCCCCGAGGACCUCGCCGACGGCACCAGAGGCGGUCAGUACAGCUCGACCCUGCGCUCCUCCUUCAGCUCCCGCUCCCAGAGCAAUGGGGUGGACGCCAAGGCCUCGCUGUACCAGCCGCUGGCCAAGAAGGAUUUCGGCACGCUGCGGGGCAGCGGCUGGUCCUCGCGCUCGGCCGUGGACCUGACCCCGCACAAGCGCAUGGCCACCAUCAGCAACGGGGGCCUGCCCAAGGGCCGCGCGUACGUGCCUGGCUACGCGGCCUCGCAGGCGGCCGCCACCUCGCCGCGGCCCAGCUCCUUCCACGAGCGCAACUUCCGCUGCCGCCAGAACCUGGACACGCUGUCGCUGCGCUCCCUGCGCCUGGCCGACGGGCCCGUCCCGCUCGCCGACGACCGCUACAGUGUCCUGUCGGAGCAGCUGGACGCUCCCGGGCACAGGCAGCUCUACAAGAGCCAGGCCGGGGGUGGCUUCGGCCGCUCCUUCGCCUUCGAGCGGCAGCUGAGCAGUGGCACGGCCUCCAAGGCCGCCUGCGACUGGCUGGACGGCGCCGAGGGCCCGCCGAGCCGCACCAUCCGCGCGCCUGCCAUGCGCACGCUGCAGCGCUUCCAGAGCAACAACCGCUCCCGGCUGAGCGCCGGCUCCUUCGGCACCAUGCCCACGGGAGGCGGCGGCGCUUUCCUGGGGCUGGGGGAGCACAGCUCCCGCGCCCCCUCCGUGCGCAGCCUGGCCGAGUCCGGCCACCACCUCGGGGAGCCACGCGUCAUGGAGAUGUACAACGGGCACAGCACGCUGCUCGGGCACCACGCCGGAGGGUUUGAUGACAUCGACCUGCCCUCGGCAGUGAAGUACCUGAUCGCCAGUGACCCCAACCUGCAGGUGCUGGGCGCUGCCUACCUGCAGCACAAGUGCUACAGCGACAGCAGCGCCAAGAAGCAGGCCCGCAGCCUGCAGGCCAUGCCCAAGCUGGUGAAGCUGUUCAACAGCCCGAACCAGGAGGUGCAGCGCCACGCCACCGGCGCCAUGCGCAACCUCAUCUACGACAACGCUGAGAACAAGCUGGCGCUGGUGGAGGAGAACGGCAUCUACGAGCUGAUGCGCACCCUGCGGGAGCCCGACGACGAGCUCCGCAAGAACGUCACAGGGAUCCUGUGGAAUCUGUCCUCCAGUGACAACCUGAAGGAUCGCCUGGCCCGGGAUACGCUGGAGCAGCUCACAGACCUGGUCCUGGUCCCUCUCUCUGGGCUGGGGGCCUCGGGUGUCAUCCAGCAGAACCCCUCAGAGGCAGAGAUCUUUUACAACUCCACAGGCUUCCUCAGGAACCUGAGCUCUGCCAGCCAGCAAACCCGGCAGAAGAUGCGCGAGUGUCACGGGCUGGUGGACUCCAUGAUCCACUAUGUGAACAGCUCCCUGGAGGUGGGGAAGUCGGAGGACAAGAGCGUGGAGAAUGCUGUCUGUGUCCUGCGCAACCUCUCCUACCGCUUGUACGACGAGAUGCCCCCGUCCUCGCUGCAGCGCCUCGAGGGCCACCGCAGGAACGCCGGCGGCACAGUGACAGGGGAGCUGGUGGGCUGCUUCAGCCCCCAGAGCAAGAAAGCCCGGGAGCACUACCUGAACGCGGACAUCGUCACCUUCACGGAGGUCUCCAAGGACCCCAAGGGCAUGGAGUGGCUCUGGAACCCUCAGAUCGUGGGCAUCUACAACCGGCUGCUGCAGCGCUGCGAGCUCAACAAGCACACGACAGAGGCAGCCUCGGGUGCCCUGCAGAACAUCACGGCUGGGGACCGCAGGUGGGCAGGGGUGCUGAGCCGGCUGGCGCUGGAGCAGGAGCGCAUCCUGAAUCCCGUGCUGGACCGCGUCCGCACUGCCGACCACCACCAGCUGCGCUCCCUCACCGGCCUCAUCCGCAACCUGUCCCGCCAUGCCCGCAACAAGGACGACAUGUCCACCAAGGUGGUCAGCCACCUGAUCGAGAAGCUGCCGGGGAGUGUCGGGGACAAGGCCCCGCCCGCCGAUGUCAUCGUGAACAUCAUCGCCGUGCUCAACAACCUGGUGGUGGAGAGCCCCAUGGCCGCCCGCGACAUCGUCUACUUCGACGGCCUCAGGAAGCUCUUCUUCAUCAAGAAGCGGCGGGACAGCUCGGACAACGAGAAGUCCUCCCGGGCCGCCGCCAGCCUCCUGGGAAACAUGUGGCAGUACACCAAGCUCCACCGGGACUUCAAGAUGAAGGGCUACCGGAAGGAGGACUUCCUCAGCCUGUGAGGACGCUCUGGGAGCUGGAAUGCCUCGCUGGGAUGCUCCGUGCUGCCAGCCAUGCCGUGGGGAGGCUGCUCGCCGCCAGACCCCCACUCUGUAGCCUAAUCCCUACAUCCCACACGCCUCCCCCCUCUGCUGGGUCCCCUGCCCUGGCUGAGGGACACUUGUCCUCCCUCCUGCCCAGCCUUAAACCCAGCAGCUGCUUUUGGCUCUGCUGUGGGGCCCCGGUUAGGAGGGGGCUGCCCCAUGGCACCCCUUGGGGGCUCUCCCCACUCUCAGGCAGCUGUCUGCAAAACUUGGCUUGUCCUGGCUUGACAGGGGGCAGGAGCUGUAGGGAAGGCUCCUGCAGAGCGAUUCUGGGGCAAGGGGGCUUCUGGGGAUGCUUCAUCCCAGCUGCCUGAGCUGCGGGGCCGGGGCUGUCCGUGCCCUGUGCCGGAGUGGGAUGUGCUGCAGGUUACACUUUAGUUCUGCCCUGGCUGGGUGGGGAUGGAGCUUUGCAUGGCUUGGGGGCUUGGAGGGCUCUGAGGUGGCUUCCCACAGUUUAUGGGGUGGCACAGCAGCUGCAGGGAGCUGGGAAGGGACGCUGUGACAGUGCUGCAUUCCCCCUUUGCUGUGGAGGGUGGGCAGGGGGUCGUGUCUGAUGGGGUUCUGUGCCCUCGCUGCAGGAAGCCUGGGAGAGCUUCAGGGCCCCAUCUGUCACCCUGUGGGGACUGUCCCAGUGUGGCAGAGUGGCUCCUCACCAGCUGCUGCCAGGGCUGGGCCCUGCUGGCACAGCAGGAUCCGGGCAGGGCCGUCCGGGUCGUGUUUGCUGAGCAGUGUCACCCUGUGGGUGGGGAGAUGUCCCCGGUGUCCCCGUGCUGGGUGCAGACAGGUCCAGAGCUCUCUGUGCCACAGCUCAUGGGAGGGGACACACAGCUGGGCUGGGGGUGGCUUUGGGCUGCCGGUGGGUUUGGGCUGGGGGAGCCCCCAGGCUUGGGGGGC